AUCACGAACAGUCGUGGCAGGCCAGUAGAUACAGAGUGAUCUGUAUUUACUCGGUUGACCGGGUUCAAUUCAUCGUUCUAUAGUGUGAUACAUUUGUUAAAUUCUAAGAAUAUAUCAGAACGGCAGUUCUAAAGUCCAAAUUAUUAAGAUAAAGUUUAAAAUAGUUGUAUAAAAAGGAACUACGUACACUGUGAUAAUUUGAUAGUAUUCUCUUCGCAACCGGUGACUCAUAGUACCGAAUUAAUACAUAUGGUGCAAUACGUUAUUUAUGUACUCAACCAAUUGACCCGAACUGUUUGAAGUGACUAAAAAUCUUACAUAUUUUGGAUAGUUAUUGAACUAAUAUCUUCCAGUUAGCUCAAUUUAGGAUUUAAUUAGGAUUCAGAGAACUUACCAUGGAUAACAUCAAUGACCUUCCAGUAGAGCUGAUAGAACACAUUCUCAACUACCUCAAUAUUCAAGAUAUAAAGAAUGCAAAAGCCGUCUGCAAUCUGUGGUAUGAGAUUCUCCACGGCAUUCGAUUCCAACGCAAAUGCAAGUUAUCGCUAGGUAAUAUGUUCGACGAUGAUUUGGGAGAGUUGGAAAAAAACGUCAUUCGGUGCUACCGGAAUGUUUCAAUAGUGCACUACGACGAACAAGAUAACGAUGGAACGGAUUAUGACAUCGUUCAAUUUAAGUAUCUGUACGAACCAACUUCAGAGAACCGUCUAAUACAGCUAUUGUUUGGAUUGGAUAUAGACCUGGAAAGUUUGGAAUUGUCUAGUUCAUUCGAAAGUUGUCGAGUGGUUCUUGAAGAUCGUUUACCACAAAUAGUAAAUCUUAAGCAACUGGCGUUGAUGUUCGAGGAAUACCACAAUACAGAAUCAAAUCCAUGCACGUGGGUAAUUCGGCAUGAUAAAAUUGAAAAGCUCCGAAUCAGACUUCCUUGCGCAUCACUACCCCUUAAAGCAAUACUGCCAAAUUUAACUAGUCUUCAGCUGCAAUCGAAUUGUCGCGCCGCUUAUCAGAUAAUAGAAUCUUACUGUAGACAGUUGCAAUAUCUAAAAGUGACUUUCGUCGAUGCCGAGACCGUCAACGACAUGAUGUCACUGAGCUUCCCGGCUCUCGAACACCUAGACGCUCAGAUAUUUGACCAUGACGAUAAAGACAUGCAGCUUCGAUACGCUCGAACACGUAAUAAAUUUGUUGAUGAAGAAAAAGAAGAACAAUUCGUAAAAAGUAUGGUCAAAUUGAAAAAUCUUGAAUUAGGAAGCAAUCUAAUGCUUUUCAGAAUGGGUACGUGGCUCUCCAAAUAUCCCAAUAAACUUGUAGAGUUAUCUCUGAUUGAUCUACAGAUAGACCAAGAGCAAAUCAAAGUUGUUGAAACGAUGUCGAUUAAGAUACUCAAAUUCGAAUGUUGCAAAAUUUUAACACAAUCCCAGACUCUACCAACGGUAAACUUUCCUAAUCUUACUCGUCUUAUUCUGAUAGGCAACCAAUCGGAUAUUGUGUUUGACAAAGGACUUUCUGAGCUGAAAUCGUUAAAAUUAUCAAUUGGUUCACGAAAUAAUAAAGUUUUAAACAAAAUAUGCAACAAUUUACUGAAUCUGGAACAUUUGGAAUUAAUUCUAUACAGACAGUUAGUAAAUACAUCUUUUCGAUAUCUUGGCAAACUGACGAAGCUAAAGUCGAUAACUUUCUACGAUUGUCAACCAAAGGCAAUACUUUGGAAGCACUGUUCAGUGGUACCCAGCCUCCGAAGAAUAACUUUCCAUGAAGGUUUUUUGAGCAUUCCUACGAUCCAGCAUAUAACCACACCUUUUCCCGGCCUCAGUGAACUAUUUUUGGAUUUGUGCUACAUAGAAAAGCAGGAUGAAGAAUCCAUUAACAAAAGCUUUGAAAUCAUAUCAAAUAUGGAAAGCAACCAAAGAAGCCUCUACCAUCAGCAAUUGAGAUCAUUUUUCCCGCAGUGCACAAUUUCAAUGUGCUAGAAAAUUGAACGGCCACGUCAUUGCUUAUUCGUUAACCGAUCAUCCUAGCGGGAUGCAGGAUUCAGUAGUGAGAUAAGGUGAUUUCUAUCUACGACAUGUAAGCUGAAAAUGUUACCAGUUGGACUGAAUACGUGAACGGUUGUUGAAGAGAGACGAUAUUCAACAAACAAUCAUUUCGCAUGAUUCAAACAGUUAAGGUCUAAUGUGAAGUGUUCUAACACACUACUUUACGACAACUCUAGCAGAAUCGAUCACAUCUGCAGAGUCAAGAAAUGAUUGAGUUUCAUCCCUACCAAGUCCAAGUACUGCUCAUACUAGACGAAUCAAUCGUUAUAUUUCGAGCAUUACACUUAAGGUUUGUGAAUACCAGAGUUCAUAUCACAUGAAAUGAACAAAAGCGUGAUAUUAUUAGACUUAGAUAAAUAAAAAAUUCUUAGCAAAAAUAUUGUCCGGAACUUUUACAAGCAAGGAUAACAAGCUACUGCUAGAUGAUAGUUAUAAUACAAUCAACUCAAUGACCAAUGAAAAUGUUCAGGAUAACACAACAAAAAUAAAGAAUGAUUUUCUCCGAUAUCAGUUAUCACAGCCUUUUUACUUAGUGUAAAAAUCAUCUUAUUAGUCGAGCUGCCAUAUUAUUUUCUGAAUAGUUCGAACUACAACCAAUCGACGCAAAUGUCAUUGGUCAUUGUGGAAAAUGUUGAAUUUUUCUACAUUGAGGACAAAGCAAUUAAGAGUUUCAUAAGACUAGGAUUAGGGAAAAUCAAUUCCAAAGUGGUAGUGAUUUUAAUAGACAGUCUUAUGAUUUUCUUGUUAUCUAUGCAUGGUUUCAUCAAUAAUCCGUAAUGUGAAAAUGCCAUAAUUAGAAAUGUAUUAGUCUCACAAUUUUUUUAUUUCAACCAAUCCAACUAUCAAACUAUGCUUUGCAGAGGAUUUUUAGAGAACCGUCAUUCAUGAAGAAUGUAUCAUAAAGGAAGGAGAACCAAGUUUUAUUUUAUUAAAACAUAAAAUUAACUCAUUCUCUCUAGUCAUAGAAAUCACGAUUCGGCAGAAGUAGGGAAGAACGUUCACAUUACGCAGACAUAUAUACAUCAAUGGAAAGCUGAAGUCCUUGGCUAACAACUGACUAAUUGAUUCGUUUAAUUGAAAAAAAAAACUUUAUUUUCAAUUAUUUAGUAAAGUGAGAAAUUCUGGCCAUUUCAAAAAAGGUGUAUUCGCAAAAAAUGGAAAAAAUACAAGUAAA